AUGGAAUCCAUGAAUAAAAAUGGAAUUCAUGGUGAUCAAGAAGUGACCAUGGCCGAGCUAACGGGAGGCCACGGCCAUCUCUGGAACAUCAUCUUCAGCUACGCCAACUCCAUGGCCCUCAAGUGCGCCGCAGAGCUCGGCAUCGCCAUGGCCAGCCUCUUCCUCUCUCUCUCGACCGCCAGAAACGAAGAAGAAGAAGAAGCCUACGCCCUCACCCCCAUCUCUGCCUCCUUUCUCGUGACCAGCAAAGCAGAGAACAUGUCCCCGUUCGUGCUCGCAAUUCUCGACCCGGUCCUUGUCAACCCCGGGCACUGCUUGAGCAGGUGGUUCACCUCCUCCGCCGAACCACCCACCGCCUUCGACCUCUUCCACGGGAAGUCAUUGUUCGAGUUGACCGGAAACAACCCCGAGUUCAACGUUAAUUUCAACCUGGGCAUGGCCGCCGAUGCCAGCUUCAUGGCGAAAUUGGUCCUCAAACAGUACGGCGACGACGUCUUCCGGGGCCUGCGAUCGCUGGUGGACGUUGGAGGAGGGAUUGGCGCGCUGGCCACCGCCAUAGCCAACGCCUUCCCGCAGAUCAAGUGCGCCGUGUUCGAUCUCCCGCACGUUGUGAGUUCGCUGCAGGGAAACCCAACGGUGGCAGCCAUCGCUGGCAACGUGUUCGAGUUUGUCCCCCCUGCCGACGCAGUGAUUCUCAAGUGGAUAUUGCAUGACUGGAACGACGAAGACUGCGUGAGGAUACUGAAAAAUUGCAAGAAGGCGAUUCCUCCAAAGGAGGGAGGAGGGAAGGUGAUAAUUAUUGAAAUGGUGAGGAAAUUGAAAAAUGAGGAGGAUGGGAGUAAUCAUGAUGAAACGACAGAGACGCAGCUUCUGUGGGAUGCGUACGUAAGGGCGGCUGUGCCAGGGAAGGAGAGGAGCGAAGCAGAAUGGAAAAGUAUCUUUAUAGCUGCUGGUUUCUCAGACUACAGCGUCUCACCAAUCUCGGGCUUGCGUUCUCUCAUCCAGCUCUUCUAUUGA